AUGGGGAAGGCCAUUGCAAAAGUGUUUCUAAAUUCUGGCCAUCGACUUUGCUCUUGGCAUAUAGGAAGAAAUUCAAUGAAGUAUUUAGUAGAUUUGAAGAGUAAAGAGGGCUUCAUGUGGGACUACAACAAUUGGUUGCAUCGUAGUGAAUCGAUUGAAGCAUUUGAAAAUAGAUGGGGCGAACUUCAAGCAACAUACAACAUUGAUGAUAAACAUUGGUUGAGUAAGAUGUAUAACAUUCGACACAAAUGGGUGGCUCUAUAUUGGCAAGAUAUAUUCACAGCUGGAAUGACUUCUACACAACGUAGUGAAAGUAUCAACUCAUUUUUUGAUGGCUUUGUUAAUGCACAAACUCCAUUGGAUGAGUUUGUUAUUCAGUAUGAUAAGGCUUUGUUUGCUCGACGAAAUGAUGAAGAAAAUGAAGACUUCAAGACAUUGGACUCUAUAGCUAACUAUUACACAAGUCAUCCAAUUGAGAAGCAUGCAGGAGAAGUAUAUACAAGAGCUGUGUUUAAUAUCUUUCAAGUAGAAUUGCGAGAAAGUGAUAGUAUGCUUGCCGAACGGGUUCAAGAUGGGUCCGAAAAUGCAAAAUAUAUAAUUUGUAAUGAAACUGUUAUGUUUAGCAAAGAUUGUAUUGAAGAUGGGGAACCUUCCGCUACAUGCUCUUGUAAAAAGUUUGAGAGAGAAGGUGUGUUGUGUCGCCAUAUAUUGAAAAUAUUUAAAAAAAAAGAGGUUGCAAAGAUUCCCGAAAGAUAUAUUCUACGCCGUUGGACUAUGGAUGCAAGAUAUAGGUCAAGUGUUAUGAUGGUUGAGACAUGCAACAAUGCCUUCACACCCUUGAUGAAGUGGAAUGCACAAUAUAUGUGUUUUCGUAUUGCACAAUCUAUAUCAUCCCUAGAGAUGUAUGAGAAAAUUAUACCUAAGCUUAAAGACAUUUUUGAAAUUCUUGGUGAAAUGUCUAGUGCGCCAGAACAUAGAUCAUGCACCGGGCAAAAUGAGGAAAAUCAAGAGAUUAUUGGUUCUUCUUCUUGCCUUGCCUUGUCAAGUGAAGAUAAUGUUUGUGGGUCAAAUAUUAGUAUUCUUGAUCCAAAACCUAUCAAGAGCAAAGGUCGACCAAGAGUGAAUAUGAGGAUUCAGUCCGGCAUCGACCUCCAAUUAUUGGCUAAGAGGAAAAGAACUUGUAGUAGAUGUGGAGGAAAGGGUCAUUACAUGACUACUUGCACAUUUAAUCCAGCUUGA